AUGAAGAGAAUCAUAGAGAAGUAUACGACGUUGAAGAUGAACGUUGAAGAUGAAGGCACAUCUCAGCAAGUUAUGGUUGCAGAUCAUUGUAUUGAACAAGUAACUCUUAAUGUUUUUCCUUCCUUAAGACACAGGUUAUGCUUGUGGCACUUGAGUAAAAAUGCAAACAAUAGAUUUGGUUUAUUGAAGUCUGAUAAAAACUUCAAAAACGCAUUCUACAAGUGUUUAAGUGGGUGUAUAACACCAAAUGAUUUUGAAGAAACUUGGAAAUCUAUGAUCAAUACUUUUAAGCUGGAAAAGGAUGACUGGUUCAACAGAUUGUAUGGUCUUAAAGAAAAAUGGUGUACAACUUUAAGUAAAGAUUUUCUUUUUGCUGGUAUACUUUCUUCACAAAGAAGUGAAAGUACAAACCAUGUUGUUGGAUUUAAAGCAAAUAAAAGUACAACAUUAACAGAGUUCUAUAGUAUUUUUCAAGCUACAAUAAAUCGAUGGAGAAAAACAGAAGAAAAAGACGACUUUGACUGUACAAGAGGAAUACCUACUUCAGAGCUAAGUGUGAGUGCUAUAUUAAAACAUGCAGCGAAUGUAUACACGAUAACACUUUUCCGUGAGUUUGAAGAAGAGUUCAAGCUUUCUGUGGGAAGUAGUGCAAAGUUCAAAGGAAGUGUUGGAAGAACAGUGUUUUUUGAGGUGUGGAUAGAAGGAAUAACAGGAUCAAGGAAAGAAGUUCAAUUCAAAAUGGAAGAUUCAACCGUCACUUGCACAUGCAAAAACUUUGAAGAAUCUGGAUGGUUGUGCUUCCAUUGUUUGAGAAUAUUGCAUUUACAUUCAAUCAAUACAAUUCUAGAUCGUUACAUAACAACAAAAUGGACUAGAUAUGCAAAGAAACAGAUAUGGGAAAGAGUUGAUACAAUAAAAAGGGAGAAAGGUGAAAUCAACAAUUUUACUGGUUGGAGAUUACAUAUGAUCAGAAGAUACUAUAACUUAAUUUUGAAAGGGCAUAAGAUAGCAAAUGCCAGAAAAUUUAUCGAGGAGAAGUUUAAAACUGAUAAUAAAGCAGUUGAUGAAAUCAUUAAAAAGGAAGAAGAAAGGAAGGAAAAAGAAGAAGCUGCAAAGAUAGCAGAAUAA